AUGGUGCCGGCGCCCACCAAGCUGAGCUCGACCACGAGCAAAGCCACUUCGAAACGAAGUGCAGCCAAGCGCCUCCCCGUCGCCUCUUCCUCCAACGCCGCUGUCGUCGAUGAAGCUGCUCUGAGGCUCUGCAGACUCGCCUCGUCCCUCCCCAGCGAGCUCAUCACCAGCAUCCUCGAGUUCGCCGCAGCAACCGCCAUCGACAAUCCCGCGAAGCUUCGACUCCUCUGCCUGUCCAAAUACUACCAUGAUCGACUCUCGCCCCUCCUCUACCACACCAUCGCUCUCUGCUCUUCCUCCACCAUCCACGCCUUUGCCUCGCUCGUCAAGUCGAAUCCCAAAACAGCGCGUCACGUUCGACGUCUCUGGGUCGGACCCGACUCCUCGUCUUCGGACCUCAUCACUGCGCUCUCGCCUCCCGCGUACAACGAAGCGUCUAACAUCACGGAAAUGCGAGAGCACGUCCACACUUCGGUCCGCUACAUCCUACGCUCGUGUCGAAAGCUUCAAGACGUCGCACUGGCAGGCGAACUGCUCAGCCUUCACGCCGCCCACACGUACGGUUCAGCCUGCCAACCGGUGCGGCUGACCAGCGUCAACCCACACAGCUUCGUCGGCGGAUUCUCAGCACCGAUCUUCCGAAAAGUCAGGGUUUUGAGGAUCGUAGAUACCAAUCUGGCGUUCGAAGAGGCGGACGAGAUCAGGACCCUGGCGGAGUUGGAGUGGUUGAUAUGGACCGCUCCGAAGGAUUACGGUGAUAUUAGCAGGGAUAGCAACGUGUUGAGGAGGUUGUUGCAGAGGCCUAGGAAGCACUUCACCGAAGUUACAGAGGAAGGAGAAGGCCAGCGUACGAACGGUCAAACACCAUUGUCGCCAGCGACGGCUGCUACUGCAACACCGAUCUCCCGAGAACCGCCAGCUCAGGUGGAUCGAAUGGAUCAACUCUGGAUGAACCUCUCCGCUCUCGAGCUGUCCGAAGGUCUAGCUCCAGCAAGACCGAGCAAGAACGACCGGUUUCGACGCUUGACCAUCCAAUCCGCUCAGAAUCGAUGCGCCGAGUUUCGACAUCUUCUCGCCGACUCCUUCCCGCUCCACCCAGCAUCGACUUCAUCCUCCUCUUCCACCAUUUCGGAUCCGACAGGCGGGUUAGCAGCAGGACUGGAUGCAACGUUCGAAGAUCUCGAGAGGGAAUGGGAUCCCGCGUUGAACGUUCCGACGAUUCAUCCGACGGUGUUGUCAGCAACAGUGUUGGACGAGUGGGAUGCGUUGAGGGAUCUGAUUAACAAUGCUGCGGGGCAGUAUAGCAAUUUGAGCAUGUGGGAUGUGGAUACGAGCGGCGGGGCAGGUGGAGGAGGUGAAGCGGAGGGAGAUGCGGAGAAUGCGCUGAGGAGACAGAGGUCGGUUUGGGAAUGUUUUGGUGAUGUCGGGGUGUCGGAUGCGACAAAAGGCUUGCAUGCGAUUGCUCGAUGA